UGUUCCAGAAGGGGAAAAAAGUUCUCUACGUCUACAAUAGGGAUUAGAGACCUUAUCUUUCAAAUUCUCGUGUAACUCUCAGAGCAGAAAUAGCCCUCUAGGUUGCUUAAAUGGAGCAGAGGCUAUCUUAUCAAGGGUUUCAUUUAACACCGCUUCAAUCCGACGACGGGACAACGUGCUUGGUGACAGAAUAUGAACGUGUGCCUUAAGUGAAGUCCUCAGGGGUGUGAGCAGAGCAUGAGUCAGAGCUGCAGGGUAGGGUGAGAGGCUGUGAAGAGCGUGGACGCGUGCACCUCCUUGUUCUCCAUCCGAGAGGGAGGUUUAGGGUGAAGGGAAGGUCAAGAAGCCCCUUCUUCAUGCUGUCUGCAACUUAGACACAUGCUGAAAUAACUUCAAAGACAGACGCCCAGCACACACUAGUUGAGGACAGGGGACACGUCUCAUAGGCAGAAAACAACUCCACAGUAAGAUCAACACAGAGAGCCUGCCGCUCAGUGGAUCUUGACUUAACCUGAUAUUCACACUGGAAGGAACACCAAGAGAGGAUCGCCCUGCACCAUGAGACUCACAGUAGUUCUGCUGCUCUGUGGCUGCUGUAUGCUACUUCAACACAACUGUGAAGCCCAAGUUUUAUUUUCCUCAGUAGAAACAUCUCCAACACCGUCGGCCAGUAACUGCACGUGUGAGCUCGGCCAUGGAAAGUGUGCUGAAACCGGUGACUGCAGGUGUGAUCCGGGAUGGGGUGGACCACGGUGUGAAGACUGUGUGCGAAUGCCAGGAUGUGUCCAUGGCACCUGCUAUCAGCCCUGGCAAUGCACAUGUAUGGACGGGUGGACGGGACGAUUCUGUGAUAAAGAUAUUUACGUGUGCUCCAGAGAGCAGCCGUGUCAGAAUGGGGCUACUUGCGUCUUGAAUGACUCUGGGGAUUACAGCUGUUUAUGUCCUGAAGGCUUUCAUGGGCGGGACUGUGAACUGAAAACUGGACCAUGCCAAAAGACCAAGUCCCCCUGCAAAAAUGGUGGUCUCUGUGAGGAUCUGGGUGGUUAUGCUCCAAAACUGUCUUGUCGAUGCCUGGCUGGCUUCACGGGGCCCCGCUGUGAGACCAACAUGGAUGACUGCCUGAUGCGCCCCUGUGCCAACGGCGCCACCUGUUUGGAUGGCGUGAACCGUUUUUCCUGUCUGUGCCCUGCGGGUUUCACCGGCCGUUUCUGCACCAUAAACCUGGACGACUGCGCCAGCCAGCCCUGCCUCAACGGAGGACGCUGUAUAGACCGAGUCUCCACCUUCCAGUGCUUCUGCUCUCCAGGGUUCACUGGAAGAACUUGCGAGAUUCCCGUGUGGGAGUCAGGAUCUCAAGCAGUGUCUCCAUUCAGGGGCGAAGGAGAUAUAGUUAUGCUGAGCAAACCUGCCCCAGUCAAUCGGUCCCAUGGGACCACUCCUAGUGAGCAUGAAAGACGCCAGUUAAAAAUCUCAGUGGUGACUCAGCAUGGGGCAGAAGGGCUGUCAGAGCUGCAGCUCAUCAUCUUGCUGGUUUUGGGGGGCAUGACUUUGGCCAUGGUGGCACUAACAGCUGGUCUGGUGCUGCGCGGACAUUGCCAGGACCGAUCGGCUCGCUGUCAGUGCAGACCGGCCCCCGCUCAUCAUCGCCCAUUCCACCGAUGCCGAACAAACUCUGUGCCUGCACAACAGGAAUGCAAGAUCAGCUUCCUCCAGUCUCCGGCUCCAGCUGAGCUUGAGAAGAAGAGGCUGAACACAGACAUCAUUUAGCCACAGAAAUCAUGCAGCUGCUCUUGUUGAAGUAAAAGACCACUUCUGACCUCUCAAAAGAUAAAGACGGUACUCAUUAAUCUGAGAGUUGGUCGCUAAGAAGCAGGUGGUCAUAUCCAAAGGAUAACACCGAAAUAAAGAACCAAUUAGUUAAUGUUAUUUUAUUAAAGAUGCCACAAGUGAGGCAUGAACUGCUGAGGGAACAUUAGGUCAGUGAGAGUCAACAUGAAAUCAAUAAUACCCGUACCUGGUUUUGGAAAAAUUUUCUAAAGAUAAAAGAGAUGCUUGUCUUUGUAAUAUUUCAUCAAAAAUGUACUUACUCUGCAUCUGAAAAAAAAAAAA